GUUCAAACCACGAUUCUACAACAAAACUGAUAUGUCCGUCUUCAUAGGAAGUAAGUGCCUUAAUCCCGAACAAUGUUUGAAGCGCCGACGUGUGAAAAUGUUUUGGGCUCACAAAGACUGGGAUCCGUGCACGCAAGUUCAUGACAUUGCAAUUGUUGAGCUCCAUAAAGAUGUCGUCGUUACUAAAGAAGUGGCUCCAAUUUGUCUUCCUUCGCCAGGGCUCAAGCUGGCACCACUUCUGAGAGCAGCCGGUCCUGGAAUGAAUCGUGAGUUCCGUCUCAUCUAUGGAAUUCGAUCAAUAUA